GCUGAAUGAAUUGUCAAAUAGCCGCUAACCUCGUGUUGAACAAACAACGUGCACGUUUUUAAUGUACCUUUAAUUUAGUUCAUCCAGUUACCGUGUUUGCCUUGUGAAUUUUAGGAUUUUCAUAACUAUUUAGGAUGGGCCGCAAAGUAAAUCUCGAACGACCUAAAAAAGGGCCUGGUCGAAAGGCUCGUAAACAACCAGAACCGGUGUUUGAGUUCAGCAAGGAUGAAAGUGAGUACCACCAAAAGCUUUCUCGCCAUCAAAAACAACGGCUCAAGAAGCGAGAGAUUACAAAACAAAAACUGAAAGAAGAGCAAAAGAAGAAGAAAACAGUUAAAAAAGCAACGAAAGCUGUCGUCAACAAUACGUUUGAUCCUGCCGAAAUAUUCAACGUAGAGAAAAGCCGUCAGAAAUAUCAACAGCUCGGUCAGAAGAGUAAACCCCAGACCGUGGCGACCAAUGGACAUCAAAACGGAAGUGAAAAGGGACGCAACCUGUUCGAUAGUGACAAUGAAAUGGACGACGACGAGCGACAGACUGCACCGAUAGUGAAAGGUAAAGCACCGGUCAAGAAAAGCCAGAUGAAAAAGUUUCUUCAACAAGCGGAAUCGGAAGAAGAGAGUGAUUCGGAUGAGGAAGAUGUAGACAGUGAUGUGGAAGAGGAGGAGGAUGAGGAGGAUGCAGAUAGCGUUGAGGGUGAAGAAGACGAUUAUGAUGAUGAAGAACUGGGUGAAGAAGAGGAUGACGACGAUGACGACGACGAUGACGAUGAUGAUGAGGAUGAUAGUGACGAGGAUGAUGAGGACGAGCAAGAAAAUGAGGAAGAUGAUGAUAUGCUACCUAUUGAAGCGGCGAACAAGAAGCUUAAGAAACGGAUGGCCCGGGAACAAAAGGAAGCAGAUGCGGAAAUGGCGGAAGCUGCAGUGAAUCGCGAACGAUUCGUAUUUCCAACCGAGGAAGAGAUCGCCCAAACGACCAACCUUCAGGACGUGAACAUUCGGAUUAAGGAUGUGAUUGGCGUGCUGUCGGAUUUCUCGGCGAAUCGCGAUCCGGAACGUUCUCGCUGCGAGUACGUGGAUCUUUUGCGUAAAGAUCUGUGCUUGUACUAUUCGUACAACGACUAUUUUAUGGGUUUGCUGAUGGACAUCUUUUCACCAAACGAGUUGCUUGAGUUCCUCGAAGCGUCGGAACUGCAACGCCCAAUAACAAUUCGAACGAACAGCCUUAAGACUCGCCGUCGUGAUUUGGCUCAAUCGCUGAUCAAUCGCGGUAUCAAUCUUGAUCCAAUCGGAAAGUGGUCAAAGGAAGGUUUAGUCGUCUACUCGUCACAAGUCCCGUUGGGAGCCACGCCAGAGUAUCUCGCCGGACACUAUAUGCUGCAGGGCGGUUCGAGCAUGCUUCCCGUGAUGGCGCUAGCUCCGGAGGAAAACGAACGCAUACUGGAUAUGUGCGCUGCGCCCGGCGGGAAGAGUUCCCACAUUGCUGCCUUGAUGAAGAACACGGGCGUACUCUUCGUGAACGAUGCGAACAAGGAGCGUUUGCGUGCGGUUUUGGGCAACUUUCAUCGGCUGGGUAUACAGAACGCGAUCAUCACGUGCGUGGAUGGUAUCAAGUACGCUGACAUCAUGAAGGGUUUCGACCGCGUGCUGCUCGAUGCACCCUGCACCGGUUCCGGUGUCAUAUCGAAGGAUCCGAGCGUGAAAGCGACCAAAACGGAAAUCGAUGUACAGCGUUGCUACAACCUGCAGCGACGUCUGCUGCUCACGGCCAUCGAUUGUCUGUCAGCCAGCUCUUCCACCGGUGGCUAUUUGGUUUACUCGACCUGUUCCAUCUUGCCGGAGGAAAACGAAUGGGUUAUCGAUUUUGCGCUGAAACGACGUAAUGUGCGCCUUGUGCCGACUGGACUCGAUUUCGGUGUCGAAGGUAUGACGAGGUACGGUGCACACCGGUUCCAUCCGAUGAUGAAGCUGACCCGCCGAUUCUAUCCCCACACGCACAAUCUGGAUGGAUUCUUCGUGGCAAAGCUGCAGAAAUUCUCCGAUGCCAUACCGAAAAGCGUGGCUGACGAACCAUUGGAAGAUGAGGGGCCGGUCGCGGAGCAGGAGGAAGAUGAAAUUAAACUUCCGAAAAAGAUUGAUAAACGUGACUGGUACUAUAAGGACAUUAUCGAGGAACGGAAGGCACAGCGCGAGGAUACGAAUCAUGUCGUGAAAGUGUUCCAGAAACCAGCGAACGUUAAGAAGGGAACUAAAAAAAGUAAACCACCCCAAACGGAAACAACAAGCGAGAAACCGAAAGCGAGCGGGGACUCGAAACAGCAACCUGCAAUGAACGGCGGUGGCAAAAAGCAGCAGCCAGCGCUGGUAAACAAAACGGAGGUACGAGAGGCUGAAGAAGCGUUGCGUUUGAAAAAGAAACUACAACAGGUUCAAGGACAGAAUGGGAAAAAGGUUGGUCCUGGGCUGGGAAGUAAAAGUAAAAACAAAGGCAUGAAGAAGACAGGUGGAGUGCAAAAGGGUGGUGCGCUCAAGAAGAAGGUGGGGAAGGUGAGGAAAGUAAAGUAA